UCCUCAUCCCUGCGGGACACGGGGGGACCCCCCCGCGGGCACCAUGAAGGACCGUUUGGAGCAGCUCAAGGCGAAGCAGGAUGCAGACGACGACACAGAGGAGCUGGAGAUCGCAGUGGACAACACAGCGUUCAUGGAUGAGUUCUUCUCGGAGAUCGAGGAGACCAGGCAGAACAUCGACAGGAUCUCGGAGAACGUGGAGGAGGCCAAGAAGCUCUACAGCAUCAUCCUGUCAGCACCCAUCCCUGAGCAGAAGACCAAAGAUGACCUGGAGCAAUUGACAGCAGAGAUCAAGAAAAUGGCCAACAGCGUCCGCAACAAACUCAAGAGUAUGGAGCGCAGCAUCGAGCAGGAUGAGGUCCGCUCCUCCGCUGACCUGCGCAUCCGCAAGUCCCAGCACUCGGUGCUAUCCCGCAAGUUCGUGGAUGUGAUGACCAAGUACAAUGAGGCGCAGGUGGAUUUCCGGGAGCGCAGCAAGGGCCGGAUCCAGCGGCAGCUUGAGAUCACCGGUAAGAACACGACGGACGAGGAGCUGGAGGAGAUGCUGGAGAGUGGGAACCCGUCCAUCUUCACGGCAGGGAUCAUGGACUCGCAGAUGUCGAAGCAGGCGCUGAGUGAGAUCGAGGGGAGGCACAAGGACAUCGUGCGCCUGGAGAGCAGCAUCAAGGAGCUGCAUGACAUGUUCGUGGACAUCGCCAUGCUGGUGGAGAACCAGGGCUCCAUGAUCGACCGCAUCGAGAGCAACAUGGACCAGUCCGUGGGCUUCGUGGAGAGGGCAGUGGCUGACACCAAGAAGGCCGUGAAGUACCAGAGUGAGGCCAGGAGGAAGAAGAUCAUGAUCAUGCUCUGCUGCAUCAUCCUCGCUGUUAUCCUGGCCGCCAGCAUCGGGAGCAUCUUCGCCUGAGCCCAUCCUGCUGCCCUCAGGUGGCCUUUCCCAUUCCUGGAUGAUCCCAUUGUGGCUCCGGCCAUUGGAGCACGCCGGGACCUGCAAGCCCUUGUCCCCAGAGCCUCGAGGACAUCCCUGUGCAUCCCGGAGGAAUGGAGCCCCCUGUAUCCCAGCCCCAUCCCAGUGGGAAGGCUCCAAGCUCCCCCCUUUGCUCCCCAUGCAUCCAGGCAGUGCUGGGGCAGCAUCCAGGCUCCUGCCUUGCUCAGAGCAGGAGGAGCAGCCAUAUCCAUGGGGAUUCUCCAUCCCGGAUGUGCGGCUGGAGCCUGCUCCCCAAUAAAGCCAUCACCUGA